AUGUCUCCGACUUCUAGUUUCGCGUCCUCGUCGUCAUCGUCGGCGGCCGCGGCCGACCCCUCGGCCUCCGAACGCCCAGCUCCCUAUCCUAGCUUGACUCGCUCUGCUACUGUACCUGUCGAGGUCCAUUCGUCCCGGGCCGCUCGCUCCCAUCUCGCUCCGGAAGAUGCCUUCAACGCGGCCUAUCCCCCCCGGCGACAGUCCGGUUUCGAAGCCGCCGGCGCCGCUCACGACUCGCGCGCCGCGUCUCGUUCGCGAAAGAUGGGCGCCAAGCUCGGAAGCCGGAGCCGUAGUCGGCGCCGACGACGCAGCUGGAAGAAGCUGCUCUGGGUGAAACAAUCCUAUCCAGAUAAUUACACAGACCAGGCUACUUUCCUCGAGAACCUGCAGCGCAACCCGCGCCUCCAGCCGUACGAAUUCUGGCCCCUCGUAGCCGAUUCCACCGUCAUCCUCCAGCAGGUGUGCUCCGUCACCAUCUUCGUCGUGUGCUUCGUGGGGAUAUUCCAAGAGCGCGUUUCUCCCGUCGCCGUCGUUGGCUGGGGCAGCUUCGCGACCUUUGUAGGUUGGCUGCUGUGGGACUUUUGGGUCGGCCAGGAGGACGAGGACGAGGUCCUUCAGCGACGCCGUAGCAACCGUAGCCGCUCGACGAGAGCGCCGAGCAGGAGGGCUCGUGCAAUGGCCGCGGAGGGCGUUACGCCGCCCGCCGCCAGCUCGGCUACGAGCCUGACGGCGACUGACCGGCCGUAUCCUCACGGAAACCUCGUGGCUCCGCGACAAUCUCACUCCGCUUCCGCCACCUCGCUGCAGUCGGGCAUAUCGCAGACUAGCAAUGCGGCAUGGAACUCUUCCGACUUGGCGGACGAAUCGGGACAUCCUCCCUCCUCGCCUCCACGGAAUGAGAGGGCCAAUCUUCGCCUCGGUACCGUCAAAUCCGCCAUCCUCAUCUAUUUCACCCUUCUCGGCCUCUCGCCGAUCCUAAAGUCCCUGACCCGAUCAACCUCGUCCGACAGCAUCUGGGCCAUGUCCUUCUGGCUUCUGGCGAUCAACAUCUUCUUUCAUGACUAUUCGUCGGGGCCCGUCAAGUCGCCGGCCUCCCUCUCGACGAACGCGGCGCUGAUGGCGUCUACCGUGCUGGCUUCCCGCCUCCCCUCUACCGGGCAGGUCUUCAGCCUCACCUUAUUCAGCAUCGAGGUUUUCGGCCUAUUCCCCGUCUUCAGGCGUUACGCUAGAUAUAGGAGCUGGACCUACCACGUCGCGCUGUCGGUCCUGCUCGUGAUCGGCGCCGGGGGCGGAGUGGGAUUGAUACUGGGCGAGGAGAAGGAUGGCAUGCUGCCGUGGAAAAGCGGGCUACUCGGUGUUCUAGUAGCCACCGUCAUCGCCGUCGUCGCGAUGGGCGGAUGCAGUUGGUGGCUCAUAGGACUGCAGAAGUACAAGAACGCGAUCAACGGGCCGUGGGACCAGGCGCGGCCCAUCAUCAUCAGUCGACGGCUUUGGGACGACGACUGA